UCAAUGACAGGUUCUGGAACGCUCAGACCCCGAGUAAAGCUGCGAUUGGCGGAGCGGCGCCUAUUUGUUACACUCGCAAUCAGCAUCCUAUUGCCCGCAGAGCGUUCCGGGCCCGCCCCGGGGAACACCUGCUGCUGCUCCGAAGUUCCCCCGGCCCGUCCUUUAGGGAUCUGCUGCCCGGGACUAUUAUCGCACUUUGCAGACAACUCUGAACAACUCGCCUGUCGUCGAGUUUCUUCCCGGGGCGUCCGAGCAGCCUUAAGGGACGGAGAGCAUGAUGGACAACGGGGGAGGGAGCGAGCUUCUGCCCCGUCUGUGCUGCCCGGAGAAGGGGCCGAACGGCUACGGCUUCCACCUGCACGGGGAGAAAGGCAAAGUGGGCCAGUUCAUCCGGCUGGUGGAGCCCGAUUCCCCGGCCGAGAAGUCCGGGCUGCGGGCCGGGGACCGCCUGGUGGAGGUGAACGGCGACAACGUGGAGAAGGAGAGCCACCAACAGGUGGUGAACCGCAUCCGAGGCUCGCCGGGCUCCGUGCGGCUGCUGGUGGUGGACUCCGCGACGGACGAGCGGCUGCAGAAGCUGGGCCUCGAGUGCACCGAAGACCUGGUCCGGGGGCUUCCCGACGAGGAGGCGAAGAGCGGCGGCCAGGAGCCGCGGGAGGCUGCGCAGCGGGAGCCGGACGUGGCGGAGGAAGAUAAGAAGAAGAAAGCGGACGGGGAGGAGGAGGAGGCGGCGAACCACGCUGCCCAGCGGAAAGAUUUGAGGCCUCGCCUCUGCCGGAUGAAGAAGGGCCCCAAUGGGUAUGGAUUCAACCUCCACAGCGACAAGGCCAAGCCGGGCCAGUAUGUACGAGCGGUGGAUCCAGAUUCGCCAGCCGAAGCCUCAGGACUCCUGCCUCAAGACCGCAUUAUAGAGGUAUACGGGGUUGGGGGUGAGAUGUGCACAGGCCCCAAACAAGGUCCCUUGAAGUGGUGUGGAAAUAGGUCACAUAGCAAACAGACUGGCGGGACUGAAAUCCUUGGGGUGACUUCUCACUCCUAUGUGACCUGUAACUAUAUGGCUCUGUUCAGGUGUAACAAACCAUGGUUUGCUACAAAAGCCAACUGUGGGGGGCCACUGACUUGCAUGCUUCCCUCUUAUCUUCCUCCUCAGUACACAAGAGGAGAUUGA